UUGACGAAAAUGUAUCAAGUCGCUGUAGUAUUAGGGCUGGUGACGUCAGCUUUUGCUGGAUUCCUAGACGGUGAUUUGCAAUUGACCGAAGGAGUGAAGUUAGUUGGUAUACCAGUGUCCAAUAGCCUCGAAGAAGAAGGACGGUCGUUUGGAGAUAACUCUGUGUUGUAUAGAAUGGCGAAGUUUCUGCAAGGACACGAGCUGCACGUAAAACUGCCACAGUUGAUUGAGAAAGACAAGAUAACUCAUAUGUUUUCCGAGUCCCUGAAGGCUGUCGAUCAGACUUAUAAUAACAGUUCUGUAAGCGGGCGAGGUAAAGGCGGCGGCGGAGGGGCGUCGGUGGCUCUUCUUGGAAUGAUGUUUGCCAAGGCUCUCGGCGCCGCUGGCAUUGGGGGGCUUGGACUUCUCACUAUGAAGGCGCUCGCAGUAUCAGCCCUCGCCCUGUUGUUGUCAGCCGUGGUUGGCGUGAAGAAAUUAGCCCACCAUGACGACCACGACGACCACCAAGUCAUAUACGCCGGUCACCAUGGCCACCAUAGAAGAAGGCGAGACUUAGACAUGCCUUUACCAUACCAAGGGUGGGUGGAGUACGCAAAGAUGUCGUAAAAUUUAAAUUAGUUAAGAAAUACCAUAAUUUUAUAGACUUUCUGCAUUUUUUGAGGUUAUUUAUUAAGCUAAUUGUGUAAUGUGGUGUACAUGAUUUAAUUAAUAUAACGCUAAAUGUGUAUCAAAAUGUGAACAAUUUUGCAAAGAAGCUAAUAAGACAAUACAAACUGGAAAUUUCUUAGACUGUUGAUGAUAAGACAUCAAAUAGUUUGGUUUAGUCCCGGAUACUAUUAUUAUUAGUAGUAGUAGUAUGAUAUCUCUCAUUGUUUUUGGGCUCCGACGAUAAACGGCUGACGAAUCAGCCGAAAAAAUGCUAGCAGACCCUGGACUCCAACGCUAAACGGCUGAAAAAGGGGCCGAAAAAGCGCUUAGAAAAGUGCUAUUAAAUAUAGUUGCUCAAUUAUUUUGAAAGAAAAAAAGAAAGAACUUUUUAUUAUUUUAAUUAUUUUGAACUUUAUCAUAUAUUUUUUAAUCAUCACAAAGUAUAUAACUUUUUAUCCUUGUUUUAGGUCCAUUCUGUAAGCCAUUUCAUUAUUUUAUUGUUACGAUACGGAUCUGCAAACUAAAAACAGUAUAGAAGUAUAAAAUCGAUAAUUUUUAUUAAGAAAAGUGCUUGUAAAGUUAGUUUCAAAAUAUUUAAAACAAAUAAUUAUUCUUUAUCAUUAUUAAUUAAUUAAAUAAUUGUAGAUUGGAGUACUCAUGAAAAUGAUUCUGCAUUUAACUGCCUCUAUUCAAAAAAACUUAGUGGAAAAGUAAAAAGAAUAAGACUAAUACUGUUUUAGACUUCUAGUAGAUAAGUAUGGAGGGUAGAUGGUAUGUUAAAACAGUGAAGUGGAUUAUGAUGACUGUCAAUAAUCAAUAAAAACAGGUGUGGAAUUCUUUCGACAAAUAUAAAAUCCAGAUAUUAAAAUGCGUCCAUUCUCAUGGGGUGCCAUCUUCGAAUUGAAGUUUGGAGGUCAGCAUACGGAAACCCUCGCGGCUUUGGGCCGCUAUUUUCAGUUGGUUGUAUCUAAGUCCGGUCCAAUCCUUUAUGUCAUCAAACCACUUUCAUCGAAAUAAUUUCACUUUCCAUUCUGUACAGUUUUAAUGUGAAAGAACACCAUUAUAUUUUUGGUCAGGGAUGACAUUAUAUUGCUUUUGUCUGCUAAAAAGAUAUUUAAUGGCACACCACAGCUGGCUCUUGGGGUCCUUAAAGAAAUAUUACUUUUUAGCUAAAAAUGUUUUCGACUCAGUAAAAUGUUGAAAAAUGUAACAGAGAUCGUCUAUAAAGCUACGGUUGUUGUAAAUAAGUUAAAUGUUAAUUGUAACGAUUUCCGAACGAUUUAUUUAUUGUUAUUUAUUUCUAGAACAAAUAAAUUAUUGAAUACUG